AUGAGUCGCAGCCCAGAGAGGAUUUCAUCCUACCGCCGUCACUUUGAGGACAGCAGCACCUCAACCUACCAGGUCAGGGUGUCUAGCCCAUCACCCACCAGGAGAGAUGCCCGUAAUGCCUCUGCUGGCUACUCCGCCAGAGCCGGGGCUGGAAGAAUGUGUGUGGACUCGGUGGGACGAAGGACCGUCUCUGCUGCACGCAGGUCUCGCAUGACUGGAGUCGGUGUGAGUGCAGGAGCCAUGGUAUGUGUUGGGCCUAGUGGAGAACCUGCCAUGGACCUGGAUGCAGCUGCAGCUGAGAACCAGGAAUUCCUCAGCACCCGCACAACCGAAAGACAGGAGAUGAUUGUCCUCAAUGAUAGGCUGGCUGUUUACAUUGACAAGGUUCGAUCACUUGAGCAGCAGAACAAGUUAAUUGAAGCAGAGAUUGAGGCCUACCAGAACCGGUUUGAGAAGCCAUCGGGUCUGCGCCUGAUAUACGAGGAACAGCUGAAGGAGCUGAGAAAGAUUGCAGACCAGAUGAGAGUUCAGCGGGACCUUUCCUUGGCUGCUAAAGAGUCCACAGCUGCUCAACUGGAGGCAAUCAAGCUGAAAUACGAGGAGGCUGUGGAGCUGAGAAAGAAAGCUGAAUUAGACAUUGAAGCCUUCCGUCCUGAUGUAGACAAAGCCACCUCCUCCCGCAUUGUGCUGGAGAAGAAGCUGGAGCAUCUGGAGGUUGAAAUUGAAUUCUUGAAACGGAUCCAUCAGCAGGAAAUCGAUGAGCUCAUGAAACAGAUCUACUCAGCUCAAGUCUCAGCUCAGAGUACAUUCACUCUGCCCGAUCUGGCUGCGGCUUUGAAACAAAUCCAAACCCAGUAUGAUGACAUUGCUGCUAAAAAUCUUCAGGAAAUGGAUUCAUGGUACAAAAACAAAUUUGAAGAUUUGACCCAAAAGACGUCAAAGCAUGUUGAUAAAGUCCGAGGCUUUAGAGACGCAAUAGCGGGUGCCAAAAAAGAUAUCCAAAGUAAAGAACGUGACAUGGACUCCCUGAGGACAAGGAAUGAAGCUCUUGAAGCUCAGAUUCGAGAGAUGCAAGAAAAGUACAGGAAGGAACUGGAAGACCUGCAGGCUCGAAUCGAAGCCCUGCAGCUUGAGAUGAAAUCCACCAAGGAGAAAAUUGCGCUGCACCUGCGCGAGUACCAGGAACUUCUGAAUGUCAAGAUGGCUCUGGAGAUUGAGAUCACGACUUACAGGAAAUUGAUUGAAGGGGAAGACCUGCGACUCUCCGGCAUGAUGCAAACCUUGUCUCUUACCAGCUGUAGCACGAGCGCCAUUAGUGCUGGGGUGAGCCUCAGUGGAGGAAGCAUGGAUGGUGUGAGAGGAAUUGGGAGUGGACAUUUGGGAGGUAGCGGAGGAGGAGUUGGUGGCAUGAUGGGUGGUGCAGGAAUAGGUGGGGGCAUGGCGGCAGGAGGCUUGACAGCAGGUGCUGGUAUUCAGGGUUUGGGUGAUAGAAUAGGGGCUGAAGGAACCAGUGACUGGAAGGGAACUACUGGGAGGGCUGGUGGGGCAGGCAUGACUGGUGGUCAUGAAAUGGGAACUGGGGGCAUUGGUGCUGGAGGUUUGGGCUCUGGAGCUGGAAGUUUAGGCACUGGUCCUGGAGGUUUGGGCUCUGGAGCUGGAAGUUUAGGCACUGGUCCUGGAGGUUUGGGCUCUGGAGCUGGAAGUUUAGGCACUGGUCCUGGAGGUUUGGGCUCUGGAGUUGGAAGUUUAGGCACUGGUCCUGGAGGUUUGGGCUCUGGAGCUGGAAGUUUAGGCACUGGUCCUGGAGGUUUGGGCUCUGGAGCUGGGAGUUUAGGCAUUGGUCCUGGAGGUUUGGGCUCUGGAGCUGGAAGUUUAGGCACUGGUCCUGGAGGUUUGGGCUCUGGAGCUGGAAGUUUAGGCACUGGUGAAGGGAAGGGCUAUGGGGUUGAUGGAGGAAUAGGUGGAGAUGGUAGUAAAGUCCAUGGACUUGGUCCUGCUGGAAUAGGGGGUGGAAUCAGAGGCAGUGCAGGAGGUGAGGGUGUGGGGGGAGAUGAUGAAGGAAGGGUGGAUAUGGGUGGUGCCAGGAUUGGAUAUGGAUCUGAUGGAUAUGACGGCAACAUUGAGGCCUAUGCAGAGCAGGCUGUGGAACUGACGGAGAGAAGAACAGUGCUCAUUAGAACGGUGAAAAAUGAGGACGAUGUUGUGGAGAUGGACCACCAAGAACAGACCUACACCAUCAGUGGUGCUGCAGAUGACUCUGAUGUGGAUUGAGCAAUAUGAAUUCCACACUGACCCCCUCUUGCCCUUAAACCUCCACGCCCUUCUUCGCUUUGCACUGACCAAACCCCAUGUCUGGGCACUGACCUUCGCCCUUUGGCCUGGACAAGAAGGCCCCAAAUGACCCUUUGCUACAG